UGGCCUGCCACAGGCGCCGCACAUUCCGUUGCCCGUGCCCCGUGCCGUGCCAUAUUUUGUUGCCGCCAGUCAUGUGACUCAACCGGCCGGCAUUCAGUCAGUCUUGUUCAAACGUUUAGUCGGGGCGCUCGCUAGUGCCACCCGUUCGUUUCGUGCAUUAUAUUAUACAUGCAGAUUAACGGAAAAACCUUACUCUACUACGGCGUUUGGUUACCGAAAAUGGAUUGCGAAGACCUCACUUAAAUAUAUUUGUGAAGUGUGUGUUAUCAAUUCAGUAUUUACGUGAUUGUGUCCGUGUUGACAUUGUGAUCUUUUCUGUUGCGAAGUAAAUAUGGAAACAAGGCAUUAUUGGGAAGAGAACGGGCAUGCCGUCAAAUACGAAAGCUACAACACCACCGAAGAGUUUCGGAAUGGCGAGCAGCUGGGCUUCGCGGCGCCCUCAGAGGACGAGGACUACCAGGCCGGCUUUCUGAAGAAGGGGAAGGUCGCCAGGGCAAACCCGAUGUCCCACCGAAUCAUCGAGAAGCGGCGGCGAGACCGCAUGAACAACUGCCUCGCAGACCUGUCCCGCCUCAUCCCGCCCGAGUACCUCAAGAAGGGCCGUGGCCGCGUCGAGAAGACCGAGAUCAUCGAGAUGGCCAUACGACACCUCAAGUUCUUACAGGAGCGAGCCAAUGCUGCCGAUCGUGUGGCGGGCGAGGAGUUCCGUGCUGGCUUCCAGGAGGCUGUCAACGAGGCGGCCAGGUUCCUCGCGGAGGUGCAGGGCUACGGCCCGGCGGACGGGCUGUGUGUGCAGCUCGCCUCGCAUCUGCAGAGACACGUCGAGAUGAUUACUAAAGGCGAAGUCCCCCGCGAGAAGCGUCACCCCACCUCCUCCUCAGAGACUGCCAGUUCCUCCAGCUCCUCGCACAGCCACGUGCCGCGCGACGGCGUGGUCCCACGCCGCCUGGAACCCCCGCAGCCCGAGCCCUAUGAACAGCCAGAGCAGUAUCCGAUGGAGUGCGAUAGAGAGGGUCUCAUCUCUAUAGCAGUACGCACACUUCGAAGUCUGGCGGUGCCACUGCCAAGGACUAUGCCGGAUCGCAAUCGCACCGUGACCAACGUGGUCGCUGCACCCGACGAGGCGCCUCCGGAGGGCGAGCCCAUGGCGCUGGACGGGCACCGCAAGAGGGAGCCUACGCUGCGGACCAUUAGGAAGCCCGAACACGGCGAGGACUUCUUACACUCGUACAAGUUCAAGAACUCGAUUGAGAGAAGAUUUUCGAGGUCUCAGGAUUGUGAGGCGACGGACAUGAGUGUGCGCGGCGCGCCGCACAAGAACUACGGCCACAAGCGGCGCCGCGCCGCCAAGCCCGCGCCCUCCACCACCUCCACCUCCAACUCGGGCUCCACGGAGGACGCGAGGGACACCUCGCCACAGGACACAUCGAGCGAGUCCCCGCACCAACACUAUGAGAAGCCGCUGGCGCCGCCCGCGCAGUACGUGCCCGUGUUCGCGCUCAACUCGCUUGGCAAGUACUACGUGCCGCUGAGCGUGGACUACUCGUGCCUGGCGCGGCACCUCGGGCCGUACGACGCGCUGGACGCGCGCGCCGCGCACCUGGCCGCGCCGCUGCACCCCGUCACCAUCCACGUCAACUUCCAGCCCUGCCUCAACUACCACGUCAAGCAAGAGCCGCGCGACCAGGACUGGCGGCCGGUGUGAACCGGACCCGAUGCUGGAUACAUUGUUUGCUGUAACGUUGCAUCGUCACCUAAAUGACGUCUGCUGUCUCAAUUUGAAAAGGGAGCGUGAGCGCAACUGGUGCGGUGUGAGCGGGCCCCAAAAUAUUUCUGUCACGUCGCCUGCCGCCUCGGCGGCCGGGAGCGGCGCCCGGUGGCAGCUAGGCCUUCAGCUGUCGCUAAUAGAUCGUCUGAACUAACAAUUUCUAAAGCUAAGGCGAGAUCCACUUGAGUUACGAUGAGAGACGCGCACGUUGCGAUUAUUAAGCGCCUGACGCGGUAAAAAUGACCGCGGUUUGAACGUCUUUGUAACGUGUGUGUUUUGUGCGUACAGCCUGUACGGCUUUAUCGCUAAAAAUGGCGAUGGAAUUAUUUCGAUCAGGAAAAUACAAGCAACAACACACGCCUCGGGAAAAAAGAGAAAUUACAAUGUGAAUAAUAUUAUUUGACAGCUGUUAAUUGGUAGAAUAACUAUGUUAUAUUCCGCUAGAGCAGCCUCGAGGCCCCAUAGUCAUAUUGGAGUGAAAACGAAGGAACCACCAAAUAAAUACAACCUCAAUGACACUCAAUGAAACUCGCUGAACCUGCAAAGUUCAAUACAAACUCCACACCUGUGUAACGCUUAGUACGAUAUUAUUGAUUACACAUUACAGUAUAAAUGUGUAGUGUCUGGAAAAUUAAAUGGACGCUUAUGUAGACGUUUAAGUGCCGAUCAAGUGCAAAGACGAUUUUAAGUUUAAACGGUAACGGUUUUAAGUUAUUUAAGAUUUUUUAUCUAUUUUUAUUCAGUUAAGUGUUAUGACUUUGGUAUAUAGUGUUAAGUAUCGAUGACAAUAAUCGAUAUUCGGUACGUGGAAUGUUAAAGUUUAAGUUUUGAUGAAUAGCAGUCGCUUAAGGCCAAAUUCGCACGAGCGCUUUUACAACGCGCGUUAAAAAAGCGUUUGAAUGACACAAAUGGAUACAUGUGUAUUUAUUCACACGAGGGCGGUGGCGCUUUUUAUUAAGCGUUGUUGGAUUUUCGACUUUAAGCGUUGGUCGUUAAAUCUAAUUUAGCGUGCGGACGGAUUCAAGCGCUUUUUUAACGCGCGUUGAAAAAGCGCUCGUUAGUAUGAGGCCUCACAGAACAACCUUGUUUCACAAAUCUUGUACCACUUCGCAACCAGACCAGUGUACGUUUGAUCUCCGAAGAGGCAUCUUUCUUGCGUUCCUAAUUCAAAUAACUAGCCAGUGUAAAUAAAUAGGGCGCAAGUGAUCGGAAAGGAUCGAAACGUUUCUCUAAGAGUUGAAAUUACAAUAUUUUUUUAUAAAUCUGCUUAUUGCAUUUCGUACGUGCCUACAUAUAAAACUCAAGGAGUCAAAUUCCCAAUUAUGAAAUAGCUUCUCUAAUAUUGUUAUCUCCUAGUUAAUUAUAUUUCAUGCGAAACGAUGUGUCUUUGCAGUCAUUUGGGUUCUGACUGUCCCUGGUUAUUAUCCUUUAAUUUCAUAAUAAUAUUUGUAUUAAGAAGUGGUGAAACGGGUUUUAAAGUUAAAUUCCCUAUUUUAACAGAUUGUAAUAAAUGCAAGUACUAUGUACCUUUUUAUAUGCUAACUAUAACAUGGUAUGUUUCAAUUGGUAAUUGCAAUGUACUUAUUAAGAAACACUGACUGUACCUACUUCCAAUGUUAUAUGUUCGGAAAAAAAUAUACGUAAAUAUUUUAGAUAUCUUAAUUUAGAAUCGUUGUUUAAGUGUCAUGUUAAUAUUUAUUGUUAAUAUUAACUCAUUCCAAAACAGAUAUGCUAUUUUAUUUACCUUUGGUAUAUUUAAUUUAUUUAGAAAUAGAUAUAUCACAGGCAAUAUGCCUCUGCCCAAGUUGUAAUUUUAUAAGCUUUUAGGCCUCAUUUGCACGAGCGCUUUUACAACGCGCGUUUGAAUGACACAGAUGGAUACAGUGCAUUUUAUUCACACGAUGGCGGUGGCGCUUUUUAUCAAGCGUUGUUGGAUUUUGGACUUAAAGCGUUUGUCGUUAAAUCGAAAUUAGCGUGCAGACGGAUGCAAGCGCUUUUUUAACGCGCGUUGAAAGGAUGAAUUUCAUUAAAAUUGUUAAUAAGCUUGACUUUAUUUGCGAAUUAAUUGGCUUCAUUGUGUAAUGAUCGUCACGACACAAAGGGAAUCGAUUACAUUGUGGACGAAUUAAGAUCUAAGUUAAGGCCUUAACCCUUAAUUCGGCAACGUCCAAAAUACUGGACACAAUUUUGUAUUUUGUUUAUUUAACCCGCUUUAUGUAUUUUUUCUGAACCAGAAUUUGCCAGAAUCAAUAAAAAUAUGGAAUUAAGCCAUAAUGUGUAAAUAUAUAGGUAGAGUCAGACCAAGACCAGUCGAUUUUGAUAGCACAACCAGUGCUAGUGUUAUUUUAAACGUUAAACUUCUAUGAAAUUAUGACGUAUAAAUAACACUGCGUGUGCUAUCAAAAUCGUUGCAGAUUUAUCUUGGUCUAACUCUAGAAGUAAAGUUAAUGAUUCUAGUUCUUAGUUAUGGCUGUGAACCAACGGUAGUAGUCAAAGAGCGUUAUUUUAUUUGACAAAUGAUUUGUUGCAAUUGGAAAGGAUAUUUAAUUACAUAAAGUACAUUGACUAUUCAGUCUUCAGUGAUUUAUAGCACCAUUUUUAUUACACGAGAAGACUAAUUAUUUUUUAAGCUAAUACUCUGGUAAUACACAUAUUUUAUAAUUUCGAGAUCCCAUUUUCACGGUAUUAUUAAAAGUAGAGAUAUAUUAUAAUUAACCUACCUACAUACAUGUUAGAGUUAGACCAACAGAAGUCUGCAACGACUUUGAUAGCACACGCAGUGCAAGUGUUAUUUAUACGUCAUAAUUUCAUACAAAUUUGACGUUUAAAAUAACACUUGCACUGCGUGUGUUAUCAAAAUCGUUGCAGACUUCUCUUGGUUCGACUCUAUCUUGUUGUAUAUUGCACAAACGCAACUAAGGGCUUUACCAGUAUUUUCAUUUUGUAGUCAGCAUGAAACAGGUAGUGACGGCCAAAUAUAUCGGAACACAUCCUUAUUUUUAUAUCAACAAAGGUUUGCUACGAUUUGGCCACUUUCUAUCUACAUAUGAGUAGCUUAACUUCAAACUCGGGUAAAUCUGUCAGAUUAUGCGAUUUUGGUAUUAAGAUAAGGUAAUAGGGUAGAUAUUUGCUGAGAGGGUCGAAUGGAUUUACCCGAGUUUGAAGUUAAGCGACACAUAUUUGACGUCGACUAUAAUUAGUAUGUACAUACUUAUCCUGUUUGUAGAACUACAAGCAUUUCGUUUAGCCCGAUUGCAACAAUGAAUUUGUUUUUAUCUAUUUUAAGAAUAUUUCAUUAUAUGGAUAUUUUUAUGUGUACUAGCUACCACAGACAACUGAACUAAUAUGUACAUGCUAGGUUGGGCCUAUUACUGUUAGCCCCCAUUCGCACGGGAGCUUUUUCAACGCGCGUUAAAAAAGCGUUUGCAUGACAAAUGGAUAACCAUGUAUGUAUUCACACGACAGCGGUGGCGCUUUUUAUCAAGCGUUGUUGGAUUUUCGACUUUAAGCCUUGGUCGUUAAAUCGAAUUUAGAGUGCGGACAGAUUUAAGCGCUUUUUUAACGCGCGUUGGAAAAGCUCUCGCGCGAAUGGGGGAACGCCAUGUUUUUACUCUUCCAGAGCGCUCACUAGAUGGCGUGACGUUAAGUGAAGGGCAAACUGCAGCCUGAGCUUAUCUGCCGAAAUAGAGAUGCUUUAUAUUAUUAAUGCUUUAAAUAUUCUGGUCUCUGGUUAAACCUUUGAACGCCAAGGCUAUCGUGUGCGGCGCGCCAUCGUGAAUCUUGUCGAAGUGCAUGAAGGUUGAUAUUGGGUUGCACCCGCGCGCGUCAGUUGACGUCUUUAGCAGUCAAUGGGUUACGUUUGUCCUUCAACUAAACACGUUCCACGAGUGUACGCUCUAAGACUGAGUUGUUAAUUAUAACAGAGUAAAGAUGGAUGUAAAAUAGUUAAGAAAUUUGUGUUAAAUGUAUAUUCGAUGUUGAGUUGUAUGAAUACUGAAUAGAUAUUUUUGUAAAUACAGUUAAGAAUUAUACGUUAAUAUUUUACGAUAAAA